ACCUCCAAAGGCAGCAUGACAUUAUCGUAAAAGCACGCAUAGUGCGAGUCCGGCGCAGCCGGUCUUCGAUUUAUAAAAAGCGCGUCUUUGAGUCUUCGUUUCACGCCUUCAAAACGCUUUUCAAACCUCUCGAAGAUUCGUAGAGCUUGCGCUAUGGCGGGGAUGCAGCGACAGCCAUGGGAGAAGCUUGAGGGGAAGGUGGUCAUGGUCACUGGUGCGUCCUCUGGUAUUGGUCGUGAACUCUGUCUCCACCUCGCCCGCGCUGGUUGCCUCAUCGUUGCCGCUGCCCGUCGCACUGAUCGCCUCCGCUCACUUUGUGACCAGAUCAACGGCGCUGCAUCGGCAGAGGACGAUCAGGAGCCGAAGCCCGUUCGAUCGGUGGCCGUGGAGCUUGAUGUCAGCGGCAAGAGCGCCGAGAUCGAGGCUUCUGUUCAGAGGGCUUGGGACGCCUUUGGCCGUAUUGAUGCCCUUGUUAAUAACGCUGGGAUUAGAGGUGAAGUGCAUUCCCCAUUAGAUUGGACUGAAGAAGACUGGAAUGGCAACAUCACCACCAAUCUAACUGGACUAUGGUUAGUAUCCAAACAUGUUUGCAUACGGAUGCGUGAUGCAAAACAAAAAGGUUCAGUGAUCAAUAUUUCAUCCAUUGGCGGUCUUCAUCGAGGGCAGUUACCUGGAGGAGCUGCAUACAGUGCAUCAAAAGGAGGAGUUAUCAUGCUCACAAAGGUCAUGGCAUUGGAGCUCGGGGAGUAUAAUAUCCGUGUAAAUGCUGUAGCACCAGGGUUGUUCAAAUCAGAGAUCACACAAGGGCUGAUGCAGAAAGAAUGGCUGAACAAAGUGGCUGAGAAGGUCGUUCCGCUAAGGACUUUUGGCACAUCUGAUCCUGCCUUGACAGGAUUAGUUCGAUACUUGAUUCACGACUCAUCAGAGUAUGUCACUGGCAAUACCUUCAUUGUAGAUGCAGGAGCCACCCUCCCUGGUGUCCCUAUCUUCUCUUCUCUCUGAAAUGUCUUCAUUUUCAAAUAUUUAAGUCAUAUAAAUUAGACACUAUAUCAGUGUGUUUGGUUCUGAAUGGGUUUGUCAUCAUGUGUGCUUGCCCUUCAUGCUUGAGGGAAAUGCAUGGCUGUUUUAGUUGUUUAUGUCCAGGAACAUACCGAAUAAAACUGGCAUGAAUGCCCAAAAUUUAAUUUCAGGUU